AGGAACCGACCAGGUGCAAAGAGGGAACGCUCGUCAUCUCGGCAGACGCAGUCGCUGCAGCCUGCAAGCUAACUGAGAAGAAAGCAGAGACAAGCAGGACUUCUUCAGCCCGGCUUGUAGGCACUGCUGUCGCUGUCUCUUUGGUCGGAUAACAGGAGAGGGGCAUGGCAGCUCCCUCCGCUCAUUGAGCCCCCCCCCCCCGCACGGUUAGGCAGCCCCUGCCUUUAAGCGGCCAUGUGACCCGCGCGCCUCACUCCAUCCUCUCUCCAUGUGUGACCCCCAAGCCCUGAAAUGGGGGUCGACGACGGCUCCCUGGCUCUUCCUGCUUCAGCGGGUCGUUCUUCUUCCUCUAGUGGCGUCAGCAUCACACUGUAUUUUGCCCAGCCCUCGGACUGUUCAUUUUGUCUCCAAAAACAUGAAGAAUGUCUUACACUGGUUACCACCAGAAGGGAUAGUAGAAGAUAAAUUAAUUUAUAAUGUAAAGUAUUUAAUAUAUGGCACCGAUAAAUGGAUCAAAAAUCCAGAAUGCAAAAAUAUCCAUCGAACCUGGUGUGACCUCUCAUAUGAAACACGUGACCACAAAGAGUUAUAUCAUGCAAGAGUAAAAGCCUUUCUAGAUGGAAACUGUUCCAGCUGGGCAGAAUCACCACGAUUUAACCCGUUCACAGACACUAAAAUUGACCCACCUGCAUUUGCCAUGGCUUCUACUGAAACAUCUGUUUCAGUCAUUGUGGCUCCACCUGUGAAAUGGAAGAGAGACCCCAAAGAGCAACCUAAAUAUUUGCAUCAAAUAUAUACUGGCCUGCAAUAUAAUGUGUCUCUAUUCAACAAAAAUAGAAAGAAAAAGUGGAUCUUCUGUAUUAAAAACAACAGACUGGAUGUGUUUCAGUUAGAGUCCAAUACAGUGUACUGUGUCAUGGUGCAGGUUUAUGUGACCCCACUUCUGCUUAGUGGAUUUUCCAAAGAACUUUGCAUUGUUACUCUGAAAGAUCCAACUUUCAGGCAGACUACAACAAUCAUAUUUGGAUAUAUUUUGCCCGCCCUCUUAAUAAUAUUUAUUAUCUUGGUGUCAAGCUGCUGUGUAUAUAAGUAUAUUCAUAUUACAAAGCAAAGGUAUCCCAAGAACUUGAUUGUGAAAUACAAUAAUUGUGAGACAAACACUGUGGUUCCUUCUGAAAAAAUAGUAGUUAACUUCAUCACUGUUAAUAUUGUUGAUGAGUGCAAGAAUUCUCCUCUUAAGGACCCUUGUUUACAAAGCAAUGCCAGCAGCUUUGCUUGGGAUUGUGAUGGAAGCAAUGUUGAGGAAAAGCCUUCAAAAGAAUACCUAGAAGACAUUCGUUCUCAAGAUGAGGAAACUGCACUCAAAAAUGAGCAGAAUGGGAAUGGGUCACGAAUGAGGAGACUUGGAUCUCACCAUAUUGUAGGCCAGAGGCACAAUGAAGAAGUCAUAGUAUAUGAACUUAAUGUGAGAGCUGAAGAGACAAUUCCAACACAAGAGGAACCAAAAGAGCUUAGCUUAGAAGAAAAUAUUUGUACACUAGAAGGACUGUGGCACAAUUCCCCCAAAACAUUAUCAGAUUUGGUAACCAACGAAACAGAACAGUCCUCCUGUCCUCAGUUUGAUGUGGGACCUUCACAUCAAAAUUUAAGAACGUUCCUUUGGAACAAGGUAAGUUGUACCACUGUAGACCACCACAUUCCUUUGAUAAACCUAUUGACUGACAAGCUAGACCAGACUUCUUUUUCUGAGCAUGGAAUGGUUACAGACAUUUGUUUGGCACCUGAUCAAAAAGAGCCCUUUUGGGAUGAAGAAACUGCACUCAAAGAAAUACAAACAUUUGCAUGUGCAAUGUCUGGAAAGACAACGUUAUCAGACUGUUCUGAGUUUGCAACAUGUGCCAGCCAGGACCAAGAAACAGCAGAGGAAGCAGAAGGUGAUGAACAGAGCAUAAUAGUAGACUGGGAUCCCCAUACUGGGAAACUUUUUUUACCCUCUUUUCUCAAUUUAACAAAUGAUGCACAUGAAGAAAUUACUGAGAUGAAGAAGUAUACAGAAUUUCUGGGAGAAGGGUUCUUAUCCAAACUUGAUGAAAGGCAAUGCUCUGAUGAGCAAUUAGAGGGAGAAGAGGAAGCAUAUCUCCUGCAACUUAAGGAACAAUGGGGACUGAAUAUACAAAUGCAAACCUAAGCUUCUUUCAUUGCACUUUAUUGAUUUAACUCUCUGUUUAAAGUAGAAAACUGCUUUUAAAAUACACAUCCGUCGUUUCCAGCAUCUGGUGAACACAACAAAAAGCCAUUGGUUCUAGUCCAACAGUGCAAAUUGUUGGUAUUUGAAUUAUCCAUGUAACUGAGAACCAAAUAGCACCAUUGCUGGUAUUUGAUUCAAACCAAAAUUCCUUCUUCUUGUUAGAAUUCUUGGAGGGGAGAUUUCUUUAUCUACCCCAGCUGCAGUGGAAGUGCACAGGUAAGGAGAGCACUGCUAAUUAAUAUUGUCAGGAGACCUGGAGUUAAAGUUCUAAAUAAAGUAGAUUGUUUAGGCAAUCCACCAGGAAGAUAGAUUAGGCCUCUGUGCCUUGCUACCUACGGGAAGGGGGAAGAAGGAAGUCUCUCUCUCCAGGCAAGAGCCUCAGGUUUCGUUCUAUCAGUCUAGCAAAGAGGACGUAGAGUAGAGAAAGCCUGGUCAGAGGGGGAAUGCCCUCACUGGCUGUCUCUACCCCUAAUGCCCCUAGUGGCCAGUAGGGUCGCUGGUGCUGAGUCAGUGCCGUCAGGAACUUCCAACACUUCCAAAGUUUUGUAAUGAAAUACAUGCAAGAAGGGUAGAGAGAAGGGAUAUUGUAUGCUAAAUGUCAUUCCUGGCUUGAGAUGAAUGUUUCAGUUUUGCAUGAACAUUAGAUUUCUCUGAUUCCACACAUCUAUUCAAUCUUGAACACAAUUUAGUUUUCAGAACUUUAUCAACUUUAAGAAGAUUUCUUUCCCUCUAGUUUCUUUCCCAAGUAGCUAGACUUGAAUAGUGAUAGUGUGAAUUGGCCUUUAUUCAACUUAAAUCAAAAUAAAUUGCUUACUGCAUUUUGAAGUAAGCUGAUUAGUAUUUUGCAAAGAGUUGGGGGGCAUUGAAGCUUCUAUGCCUGCUUUCAGUUAAGUUCCUGCACCCAUAUACCCUGCUACUGUCUCAAGCAGAGUUCCAUAGAAACGGCUCGAUCAAUAUAAUUUGUAACACACCACCAACACACACUUUUGCUGAUUUAUGUGCUGAGAAAUAGUAUGUAUCGGAAGCAAAGAUGUGUCUCAAGCAUGUGAGCAUCCACCUGCAGGCUUUGCAAAUGGGAGUGCAUUAGUCCUUUGGAAGAAAAUGUGAGUUUUGUUAUCAGUUCAGCAAGUAAAAUUAGUAUUUUGCCUUUGUUACAAAAAAGUUGAAAAGAUAACAUUAAAAGGAGGAAGUCGAAAAGGGAGAAGGGAGAUUAAAAAGGUAAAAUAUAUUACUGUUUCAUUUUUUAUCAGUGCAACAAAAGUAAAUCAAUGUUGACACCUGUAACAUCCUGAAGGAAGUCACCUCUAUUAGCUU